GGCGCUCGGCUCCUUCGCCCUCGCGCUCGGCGCUCAGCCGCCGCGCCUGGUGAAGAUGGCGGCGGGCGCGGUGGGGCUGUGAGGCGGCGGGGCCGGGAGCGGCGAUGCUGGCGCUGCGGACGGCGCUGGGCCGCUGCCUGGCGGGGCCGGCCCGCCCCGGGGCCGCUUGCAGUCCAUUUAUUCAGACAGCCAGAUGUUACGCCAGACCCGUGAGAAGAAAGAGGAAAGAAAUCCCCAGCCAUUUGGAUGAUCUUCCGCCCACAAUGAUCAGGAAAGAUUAUGCCAAUGUCCCAAUAAUAGACAGUGUUGACGAUGUGGUGAAAAGACUGUUGUCUCUGGAGAUGGCCAGCCAGAAAGAGAAGAUGAAAAUAAAGAUACAGCAGCUGGUGGAGAAGGUCAGGAGGUCUCCCAGUGACAAUGGCUCCUUUGAGGUGCAAGUUGCUGUAUUGACUGCCAAGAUACGCACUUACGAGGAGCAUCUGCAGAGGCAUCCCAAGGAUAAAAGUAACCGCCGCCGCAUGCUGAUGGCUGUAGAUCGCCGGAGGAAGCUACUGGCGUAUCUGCGCCGCUCCCGCUAUGAUAUUUUUGAGAACACUUGCAAGCAGUUGAACAUCGAGUACAUCCCCCCGCCGGAGUACACCAGGAGGAUCACCAAGCGCUGGCUGGUGAAGAAAGCUUUCUGUCUGAAGGUUUUCCAGGAGGUUCAGAAGCUGAAAGCACCCGAGAGGCUGAAGCAGAGGAGAGAGCGGCAAGAGAGAGCCAGGGCUGCCAGGGAGGAAGCGGCGCGGUGCGAGGGGACACCUGUAUAGUGACGCAUGGCGACCGGUCUCUGACAAUAAACAACACCAUGAAGCUGC